AUGGUGGCUAGUGUGUGUAGUUAUGUAGAAGUAUUUAUUUAUAUUCGUCAAAUUUAAUGUGAAAAUCAGUCUCUGAACUUGUCCAGUAACUCAAGGGAAUAUACUUGCAUACUUCGAAUAGAACAACUGCGUCGUUAUGAUUGAGCUUUGAGUGGUAAAUUAAUCUUUAGAUGAUUCAGUGGUCAAUAGUUUCACAACAUGGAAAGUGAGAAAUUGAAGACCACUUCCCAGGUGGAUUCGAGCAGACUCUUGCCGCAGCUGCCACAGAUGCGCACCAAACCCCUGUGGCAAGAAACUGCCCCAUCUUUUGUCCUGCACACACCCAACAGAGGGGAUUUAUAUGGACUUACUUCAACCAAAUACUCCAGGCAUGCACUGAAAAGAGAGUUAGCAAAAAAUGCGAGCAUGAAUUUUGAAGACCACCAGUCCAGACCUGCUGGGCUAUCAGCCUCUCCGUCCAAAUCUCGAGUCAGCAGCCAUGCUCAACCCAAGAAGGACCGUGAGCAGUUUCGCACGGCUCUCGUCAGCAUUAUCAUGCAACAGGACACAGCCACAGGCAAGUCAUUCCUGGAGGAAAGCCCCCCUCCCCGAAGUGGGUCACCCACAGCCACAGAAAAGGACAUUCUGAGAUAUUACUACUACAUACGCAAUGGCAUCGACACUGAGCACAUCGCAGCCAUGGAGGACUCCUGGCUGGAGCAUGUUCUGGGUCUGGUGCCGUCCCACCUGAAGAAACUGACAAACACCAUCGAGCUGCUGUCAGACGAGAUGAAAGAAGACUAUCUGAUGAGUGUCAAAAAAGCCAUUGUGGAUUUUGUUCUGAGGGAUCCAAGAGAAAAUGAGGAUGAGAAAGUCAAAAAGCUCCCUCCCCACAGAGAAGAGAUAGAGGUGGUUCCAAAGCCGUGGCACAAGCCCUUCCUGCAGGCCCAGAAGAGGAUGAGUGAGCGCCUGCACUCCAUCAAUCCCACAAUGCUCUCUGUGCUCGACCUGUGGCAUGUGUCCUUUAAAGAUCUGCGUUUGGUUGAUGUGGAGGAGUUCCACAGUAGGGAGGAGUCCAUGGAGUUGCAUGUUUUUCAGCACUUAGUCAACAAGCACAUUGAGAGUGCCAAGGAUGUGCUGCUCAAAAAGUGGUUCCCAGAGAUCCAGCACAUCUACUACCAGGGCAACAAGCGCAAGCUGGUCCCCAGCAACAGCAACCCGGCCAAGCUGCAGUCCUUCUUCAACUGCGUGGCCGCCCUAAUGACCUCACAGCUCCAGAGCCUGGCCCUGGACUCCAUCCAGGACUACACGCACCUAAUUGCACAGCACCCCUCCUCCAUUCGGGCCUAUGAGCACCCAGGUUUCGUCCUGCAGUUCAUCCUGGAGAAGAACGCCAUUGUGUUCGAGCCUGACUUCAGGGACUUUGAGCUCAUCCUGCUGAAUGUCUACGACACCAUGCUGAAGGCCAUUACUCUGGUGCCGCGCGUGGAGACCAAACUAUACUCAGAAUGGCCCGGGACGGAGCGCGGUGGUAACCUGAAGCCGGCGGUGCUGGCCGAGGUCCUGGAUGCGCAGAGGGAGCUGGUGCGGCGCGUGGUGCGGGAGGAGAGCGCCGGGCCCCUGGAGCAUGUGCACCUGUACGACAAGUACAUGCCCCUGGUGACGCAGCAGGCCGAGGAGGACGUGGAGCAGUUCCUCAAGGACGCGCACUCCUUCCCCGAGAUGAUGAUGGAGGUCACGCGCUACCAGCAGAUCGCCGACGAGAUCCAGUACGAGUCCGUCAAGGUAGUGCGCCUGGGCAUGUUCAAGGUGCACUGCACUGAGUUGAUCCACGGCCUGGUGAAGCGCGCAGAGACGCUACGGCAGAAACUCAUCAACCGCAUGCUGGAGGAACACCAGGAGCUCAACACACAGCUAUGUCGCGAGUAUGAGGUGGUAGCAGAGAAGGCACUGAGCACGCCCCCCAACACACAGGAGCUGAUGGAGCUUAAAGCGUACAUGAAGAAGGCAGAGGAGCAGCUGAUCCCGGGGCUGGAGGCCAAGCUGCUGGAGUCCAAGACGCGCCUGUGCUUCCUGGUGGACUACGUCACCUUCUCGCCCCUGGACAUGCGCCUCAACCGCCAGCCCUUUCAGUGGCAGUCCCGCAUGCCCUCCAUCUUCGAGGAGCACCAGAAGAUCAUCGCCGAGAAAACAGAGCAGUACCAGGAAGGACUCAAGCUGCGAUGCUCCAGGUUUGUGGAGGAGCUUGAGAGCUACUCCAAGCAGGUGGAGGAGUUUACUACGUUUGGGGAUCUGGCCGAGCUCAACAGGUACCUGCGCAAGGCCCAGUCGCUCAACAGCAAGCUAGACAUCGCAACGGAAAAGAUCGAAGGCUUCAACAUGGAGGAGGAGGCGUUCGGCUGGCCCAUCUCCCAGUAUCCCGAGCGCAAGAAGGUGCAGGAGCGGCUGCUGCCCUACCUGCGGCUGUACGAGACGGCCGAGGAGUUCCAGACGCGCCACAAGGACUGGGUGCACGGCCCGCUGUCGGCCGUCAACCCAGACAAGGUGGAGGGCGACGUGGGCAACUACUGGCGUGCGCUCUACAAGCUGGAGAAGGGCUUCCAGAGCUCGCCCAAGGCCCUGAACAUCGCCAUCCGCAUCAAGGAGGACGUGGAGGCCUUCCGCGAGCACCUGCCCCUGGUGCAGGUGCUCUGCAACCCGGGCCUGCGCGACCGCCACUGGGAGAGCAUGUCCGAGGUGGUGGGCUUCCCGCUCAAGCCCCUGGAAGAGGCGGCGGCCAACGUGGCCCACUUCCUGCCGCUGGGCCUGGAGGAGCACCUGGCCAGCUUCGAGCUGGUGAGCGAGGCGGCCUCCAAGGAGCACUCGCUGGAGAAGGCCAUGGAGCGCAUGGCGGGCGAGUGGGGCGACAUCGAGUUCCUGCUGCUGCCCUACCGCGAGACCGGCACCUCCAUCCUCUCCAGCGUGGACGAGAUCCAGAUGCUGCUGGACGACCACAUCGUCAAGACGCAGACCAUGCGCGGCUCGCCCUUCAUCAAGCCCUUUGAGAAAGAGAUACAUGAGUGGGAGGGCAAGCUGCUGCUGCUGCAGGAGAUCCUGGACGAGUGGCUGAAGGUGCAGUCCACCUGGCUGUAUCUGGAGCCCAUCUUCAGCUCGCCCGACAUCAUGGCCCAGAUGCCCGAGGAGGGCCGCCGCUUCACCACCGUCGACAAGACCUGGAGGGAGACCAUGAAGCAAGUCUCCCUGGACAAGCAUGUUCUGGCGGUGGUGGCUAUUGACAAAAUGGUGGACAAGCUGAAGAAAUCCAACGAGUACCUUGAGCUGAUCUUGAAGGGUCUGAAUGAGUACUUGGAGAAGAAGAGGCUUUUCUUCCCCAGGUUCUUCUUCCUUUCCAACGACGAGCUGCUGGAGAUUCUCUCUGAAACCAAGGACCCCACCAGAGUGCAGCCCCACCUGAAGAAGUGCUUUGAGGGCAUCGCCAGCGUGGUGUUCACGGACGUGCUGGACAUCACGCACAUGAAGAGUAGCGAGGGCGAGGUGGUGGAGCUGCUGGACAUCAUCUCCACCUCCAAGGCCCGCGGCCAGGUGGAGAAGUGGCUCCUGGAGCUGGAGAACGGCAUGCUGGCCUCCCUACGCAAGGUGAUUGGAGAGGCAAUGGUGGCGUACCCGCAGACCGAGAGGAUCAACUGGGUGAGAGAGUGGCCCGGCCAGACUGUGCUGUGCGUCUCGCAGGUGUACUGGACCAAAGACAUUCAUGAGGCCAUUGUGCAAGGACCAACGUACCUGGAGGACUACCUGAAGCAGAACAACAGGCAGAUCGAUGACAUUGUGGAGCUGGUGCGGGGCAAGCUGUCCAAGCAGAAUCGUGUGACGCUGGGCGCGCUGGUGGUGCAGGACGUGCAUGCCCGAGACGUGCUGGCCUCGCUCGUCGCCAAGGACGUCCAGGACGAGAACAACUUUGAGUGGCUCAGCCAGCUGCGAUACUAUUGGAUAGAAGAGAACCUUCAGACCAAGAUGAUCAACGCAGGCCUGGCCUAUGGCUACGAGUACCUCGGCAACAGCCCUCGCCUCGUCAUCACCCCCCUGACCGAUCGCUGCUACAGGACUCUGUUCGGAGCUCUGCAUCUUCACCUGGGAGGUGCUCCUGAGGGCCCUGCGGGAACAGGCAAGACCGAGACCACCAAGGAUCUGGCCAAAGCCGUGGCCAAACAGUGUGUCGUCUUCAACUGCUCCGAUGGUCUGGAUUACAUUGCGCUCGGCAAGUUUUUCAAGGGCUUGCUGUCCUGUGGUGCUUGGGCCUGCUUCGACGAGUUCAACCGCAUCGACCUGGAGGUGCUGUCAGUGGUGGCCCAGCAGAUCCUGACCAUUCAGAGAGGUAUUACAUCCAAGGCUGAGAUGCUAGUGUUUGAGGGUACGGAGUUGAGACUGAACCCCACCUGCGCCGUCUUCAUCACCAUGAACCCAGGCUACGCCGGCCGCUCCGAGCUCCCCGACAACCUCAAGGCCCUGUUCCGCACGGUAGCCAUGAUGGUUCCUGACUAUGCCCUGAUUGCGGAGAUUGUGCUGUACUCGUGCGGCUUCGUGCGUGCGCGGCCACUCUCGGUGAAGAUCGUGGCCACGUACCGGCUGUGCUCCGAGCAGCUGUCCUCCCAGCACCACUACGACUACGGCAUGAGGGCUGUCAAGUCCGUGCUGACCGCAGCCGGCAACCUCAAGCUGAAGUAUCCCGAGGAAAACGAAGACAUCCUGCUGCUGCGCUCCAUUAUUGAUGUAAAUCUGCCCAAGUUCCUGGCGCACGACCUGCCGCUGUUUGAGGGCAUCACGUCGGACCUGUUCCCUGGCGUGACGCUGCCCAAGCCGGACUACCGCGACCUGCUGGACGCCAUUCGGGAGAACUGCGAGAAGAUGAACCUGCAGAUGACCGACUUCUUCACCGAGAAGAUCCUGCAGAUCUACGAGAUGAUGAUCGUGCGCCACGGCUUCAUGCUGGUGGGCGAGCCCUUCGGGGGCAAGACCUGCGCCUACCGCGUGCUGGCCGCCGCGCUGCAGGACAUCUGCGACAAGCACCUGAUGGACGAGAACAGGGUGCAGAUCACGGUCAUCAACCCCAAGUCCAUCACCAUGGGCCAGCUUUAUGGGCAGUUCGACCCCGUCUCACACGAGUGGUCAGAUGGCAUCCUGGCAGUCAGCUACAGAGCUUUUGCCGUCUCCCAGAGCCCUGACAGGAAGUGGCUGAUCUUCGACGGGCCGGUGGACGCCGUGUGGAUCGAGAACAUGAACACGGUGCUGGACGACAACAAGAAGCUGUGCCUGAUGAGCGGCGAGAUCAUCCAGAUGUCGCCCCAGAUGAGCCUCAUCUUCGAGCCCAUGGACCUGGAGGUGGCCUCCCCUGCCACGGUGUCGCGCUGUGGCAUGAUCUACAUGGAGCCCCACAUGCUGGGCUGGAGGCCGCUCAUGGUGUCCUGGCUCAACACGCUGCCCUCCACCAUCAAGCCCCACCACAAGGAGCUGCUCUCAGGCCUCUUCGACCGCAUGCUGCCCACCUGCCUGCAGCUCAUACGCAAGGCUACCAAGGAGCUGUCCCCCACGUCUGACACCAACCUGGCCCACUCCCUGAUGAACCUGAUGGACUGCCUGAUGGAUGAGUUCAGGGACGAGGCCAAGAUUAAGAGCAUGAACGAGAAAGACAUAUGCUCCUGGCUGGAGGGCAUCUUUGUGUUCUCGCUGGUGUGGUCGGUGGGGGCCAGCUGCGAGGAGGUGGGCCGUGUGAAGUUUGACGCGCUGGUCCGGGAGCUGCUGACGGGUGGCCUGAGCGAGGAGACGCGCGCCAAACACGGCCUCCUGGAGUCGGUGGAGCCGCCCGCCAAACAGCUGACCGUGCCCCUGCCCGAGGAGGGCACCCUCUACCAGUACCGCUUCAUUAAGGAGGGCCUGGGUCGGUGGGAGCUGUGGACGGAGGAGCUGCAGAACGCCCCGGCCAUCCCCAAGGACAUGCAGUUCAACGAGAUCAUCGUGCCCACGGAGAACACGGUGCGCUACACGGCCCUCAUGGAGAUGCUGGUCACACACCAGAAGCCCACCGUCUUCAUCGGGCCCACCGGCACUGGCAAGAGCGUCUACAUCAUUGACUUCCUCCUGAAACGGCUGAAGAAGGAUGUGUACGUGCCGCUGCAGAUCAACUUCUCGGCCCAGACCACGGCCGCCCAGACCCAGAACAUCAUCAUGUCCAAGCUGGACAAGCGCCGCAAAGGCGUCUUCGGCCCGCCGCUGGGCAAGAGAACGGUGGUGUUUGUGGACGACGUGAAUAUGCCUGCGCGAGAGACGUACGGAGCGCAGCCCCCGGUGGAGCUGCUGAGGCAGUGGCUGGACCACUGGAACUGGUACGAGCUGAAGGACUGCUCCAUGAUCAACCUGGUGGACAUCCAGAUCAUGUGCGCCAUGGGACCCCCCGGUGGUGGAAGGAACCCGGUGACGCCGCGAUUCCUUCGUCACUUCAACACGGUGACGAUAAAUGACUUUGAUGAAAGGACCAUGUACACCAUCUUCUCACGCAUCCUGGACUGGCACCUGACCAUUCGGUUUGCGUUCCCCAAGUCCUUCGCCAGCGUGACCUCCCAGAUCAUUAACGGCACCAUGCUCGUGUACCAGGAGGCCACCAAGAAUCUGCUGCCCACGCCCGCCAAGUCCCACUACCUGUUCAACUUGCGCGACUUCUCCCGCGUCAUCCAGGGCGUCUGCCUGUCCCGGCCCGAGACGGCCGAGGACCCCAAGGCCUUGAAGCGCCUCUGGGUACAUGAGGUCCAGCGCGUGUACUACGACCGGCUGGUGCACAAGUCGGACCAGGCGUGGAUGGUGGGCUUCCUGCAGCAGGUGUGCGACAGCCACCUGAAGGAGAACUUCCACCAGCUCUUCCAGCACCUGGACCAGGACCUGGACGGCAGCGUGACGGAGGACGACCUGCGCAGCCUGAUGUUCUGUGACUUCCACGACCCCAAGGGCGAGGACCGCAACUACCGCGAGGUGGCCGACCUCGACCAGCUGCGCCAGGUUGUGGAGAGUCACCUGGAGGAGUACAACAACGUGAGCAAGGCGCCCAUGAACCUGGUGCUGUUCCGCUUCGCCAUCGAGCACGUGUGCCGCAUCUCGCGCGUCAUCAAGCAGCCGCGCGGGCACUCCCUGCUGGUGGGGGUCGGGGGCAGCGGCCGCCAGUCACUCACGCGCCUGGCCGCGCACAUGGCCGAGAUCGAGGUCUUCCAGGUGGAGAUCUCCAAGAGCUACGGCAUGGUGGAGUGGCGCGACGACCUGAAGGUGAUCAUGAGGAAGUCCACCUCCACCGACACGCACGGCGUCUUCCUCUUCACCGACACGCAGAUCAAGAUGGAGUCCUUCCUGGAGGACGUCAGCAACCUGCUCAACACGGGCGAGGUGCCCAACCUCUUCGCCGUGGACGAGAAGCAGGAGAUCUGCGAGCGCAUGCGCGUGCUGGACCGCCAGCGGGAGCGCGACAAGCAGACGGACGGCAGCCCGCUGGCCCUCUUCAACAUGUUCCUGGAGCGCUGCCGCAGCCAGCUGCACGUGGUGCUGGCCAUGAGCCCCAUCGGAGACACCUUCAGGAGCCGGCUCCGGCGCUUCCCAGCGCUCAUCAACUGCUGCACCAUAGACUGGUUCCAGAGCUGGCCUGCGGAUGCUCUGCAGGCGGUGGCGUCUCGUUUCCUGGAGGAUGUGGAGAUGGGCGACGAGGCUCGCCUGGGCUGCAUCAACAUGUGCCAGAGCUUCCACAUGUCCACCAUCAGCCUGUCGGCGCGCUUCCUGGCCGAGCUGCAGCGCUACAACUACGUCACGCCCACCUCCUACCUGGAGCUCAUCUCCACCUUCAAGACCCUGCUGCAGAAGAAGAGAAGCCAGGUGAUGACUCUGAAACGUCGUUACGAGGUGGGUCUGGAGAAGCUCCAGUCAGCGGCGGCCCAGGUGGCCACUAUGCAGGUGGAGCUGGAGGCUCUGCAGCCACAGCUGGUGGUGGCCAGCAAGGAGGUGGACCAGAUGAUGAUCGUCAUCGAGCACGAGUCCGCAGAGGUCGCCAAGACCGAGAAGGUGGUGCGCGUGGACGAGGCGGUGGCCAACGAACAGGCGAUGGCCGCCAAGGCCAUCAAGGACGAGUGUGACGCCGACCUGGCUGUGGCCAUGCCCAUCCUGGAGGCUGCGCUGUCCGCCCUGGACACCCUCACACAAGGGGACAUCACCAUGGUGAAGGCGAUGAAGAGUCCUCCUGCGGGUGUGAAGCUGGUGAUGGAGGCCAUCUGCAUCCUGAAGGGCAUCAAGCCCGACCGCAUCCCAGACCCCUCAGGCUCCGGCAAGAAGGUGGAGGACUACUGGGGCCCGGCCAAGAAGCUGCUGGGAGACAUGAAGUUCCUGCAGAGCCUUCACGAGUACAACAAGGAUGCCAUCCCUGCCAACUGUAUCAGCAUCAUCCGCAACAAGUACAUCACCAACCCCGACUUCGUGCCCGAGAAGAUUCGGGUGGCCUCCACCGCCGCCGAGGGCCUCUGCAAAUGGGUGUGCGCCAUGGACUCCUACGACAAGGUGGCGAAGGUGGUGGCACCUAAGAAGGAGAAGCUGGCUCAGGCGGAGGGCGAGCUGAAGAUCGCCAUGGAGAGUCUGCAGAAGAAGCAGGCCGACCUGAAGGAGGUGCAGGACAAGCUGGCCAACCUGGAGGCCACGCUCGCUGCCAACAAGCAAAAGAAGGCCGAGCUCGAGAACCAGGUGGACCUGUGCAGUAAGAAGCUGGAGCGUGCUGAGCAGCUGAUUGGUGGGCUGGGCGGCGAGAAGACGCGCUGGAGUGAGACGGCACGGGACCUGGGGGAGCUCUACGACAACCUGACCGGAGACAUCCUCAUCUCUGCAGCCAUCGUGGCCUACCUGGGGGCCUUCACCUCCAGCUACAGACAGGCAGCCACUAAGGAGUGGAUGGAGCUGUGUAAGUCCAGGGAGAUCCCCUGCUCCAAGGGCAUGUCCCUGAUGAGCUCCCUGGGGGAGCCGGUCAAGAUCCGCAGCUGGACCAUCGCCGGCCUGCCCUCAGACAGCUUCUCCAUAGACAACGGCAUCAUCAUCUCUAAUGCUCGUCGCUGGCCGCUGAUGAUCGACCCGCAGGGACAGGCCAACAAGUGGGUGAAGAACAUGGAGAAGGCCAACAGCCUGCACAUCAUCAAGCUGAGCGACGGGGACUUUGUGCGCACACUGGAGAACUGCAUCCAGUUCGGCACGCCAGUGCUCCUGGAGAACAUCGGCGAGGAGUUGGACCCCAUCCUGGAGCCCCUGCUGCUCAAGCAGACCUUCAAGCAAGGCGGCAGCAUCUGCAUCCGCAUGGGCGACUCCACCAUCGAGUACGCGCCCGACUUCCGCUUCUACAUCACCACCAAGCUCCGCAACCCGCACUACCUGCCUGAGACCUCUGUCAAGGUGACCCUGCUGAACUUCAUGAUCACCCCCGAGGGCAUGCAGGACCAGCUGCUGGGCAUCGUGGUGGCCCGGGAGAGGCCUGACCUGGAGGAGGAGAAGCAGGCCCUCAUCCUGCAGGGCGCCGAGAACAAGAGGCAACUGAAGGAGAUUGAGGAUAAGAUCCUGGAGGUGCUCUCCUCGUCCGAGGGCAACAUCCUGGAGGAUGAGACGGCGGUGAAGAUCCUGUCCUCGUCCAAAGUGCUGGCCAACGAGAUCUCGGAGAAGCAGGCGGUGGCCGAGGUGACGGAGGUGAAGAUCGACGAGACGCGCAUGGGCUACACGCCCAUCGCCGUGCACUCUGCCAUCCUCUUCUUCUCCAUCGCCGACCUGGCCAACAUAGAGCCCAUGUACCAGUACUCCCUCACCUGGUUCAUCAACCUCUUCGUCAUGUCCAUCGACAACUCCGACAAGAGCGACGUCCUCGACCAGAGACUGCAGAUCCUGCGAGACCACUUCACCUACUCUCUGUACGUCAACGUCUGCCGCUCGCUCUUCGAGAAGGACAAGCUCCUCUUCUCCUUCUGUCUGAACGUCAACCUGCUCAAGCAUGAGAAGCUGGUGGACGAGGGCGAAUGGCGUUUCCUGCUGACGGGGGGCGUGGGACUGGACAACCCGCACUCCAACCCCUGCACCUGGCUGCCCAAGAAGUCCUGGGACGAGAUCUGCCGCCUGGACGAGAUGGAGCGCUUCAGCGGCCUGCGCAAGGACAUGGCCCGCAGCAAGGACGGCUGGAAGGUCGUCUACGACAACAAGGACCCUCAUCACUGCAUGUUUCCAGGGGAUUGGCAGGAGAAGCUGGGCAAUUUCCAAAGGAUGCUCAUUAUCCGAUGCUUGAGGCCAGAUAAACUCAUCCCCAUGGUUCAGGAGUUUGUGGCUGGCAGUCUGGGCCAGCAGUUCAUCGAGGCUCCUCCGUUCAACCUGGGCAAGGCGUUUGCGGACAGCCACUGCUGCGCCCCCCUCAUCUUCAUCCUCUCCCCCGGCUCUGACCCCAUGGCCGCCCUGCUCAAGUUCGGAGAGGAACAGGGCUUCACAGGGAACAGGUUGACCUCGCUGUCUCUGGGCCAAGGCCAGGGCCCCAUCGCCAUGAACAUGAUCCGCACGGGCGUGAAGGAGGGCACCUGGGUGGUGCUGCAGAACUGCCACCUGGCCACCUCCUGGAUGUCCACCUUGGAGCGCGUCUGCGAGGAGCUGAACCCAGACACCACCCACCCCGACUUCCGGCUGUGGCUGACCAGCUACCCGUCGCCCAACUUCCCCGUGGCGGUGCUCCAGAACGGGGUGAAGAUGACCAACGAGGCGCCCAAGGGCCUGCGCUCCAACAUCGCACGCUCCUUCAUGAUGGACCCCAUCUCCGACCCAGAGUUCUUCAACAGCAGCAGCAAGCCUGCGGUGUUCAAGAAGCUGCUGUAUGGCCUGUGUUUCUUCCAUGCGUUGACGCAGGAGAGGAGGAAGUUUGGGCCGCUGGGCUGGAACAUCCCGUACGAGUUCAACGAGACUGACCUGCGCAUCUCCGUGCAGCAGCUACACAUGUUCCUUGACCAGUAUGAGGAGGUGCCUUUUGAUGCCAUCCUCUACAUGACUGGCGAGUGUAACUAUGGCGGCCGCGUGACGGACGACUGGGACCGGCGUACGCUGCGCACCAUCCUGUCCAUCUUCUACACGCCCAGCAUCAUCGACGACCCCGACUACAAGUUCGACCCCAGCGGACUCUACUACGCUCCUGAUGCGGAAGAUUAUAAUAGCUACAUAGAGUACACCAAGGCGCUGCCUCUGUACCCGUCGCCAGAGAUCUUUGGCAUGAACAUGAAUGCGGACAUCACCAAGGACCAGGUGGAGACACAGCUCCUGCUAGACAGCAUCCUGCUCACUCAGGGAACAAUGACAUCCCGCUCGUCCGGGGGAGACGCCAAGUCAUCGGACGACAUGGUGUUCGAGGUGGCCGCCGACAUCCUGAGCAAACUACCGCCCGACUUCGACACGGAGGCGGCCAUGCGCAAGUUCCCCACCAGCUACAACCAGAGCAUGAACACCGUGCUGGUGCAGGAGAUGGGCCGCUUCAACAAGCUGCUGCAGACCAUCCGCGACUCCUGCAUCAACAUCCAGAAGGCCAUCAAGGGUUUGGUGGUCAUGUCAGCUGAGCUUGAGGAGGUGGUGAAGAGCAUCCUGACUGGCAAAAUCCCCAGCAUGUGGAUGAAGAAGUCUUACCCCAGCCUCAAGCCCCUGGGGGGCUACGUCAAUGACUUUUUGGAAAGACUCAAGUUUUUGCAGGACUGGUACGACGACGACACCCCGGUGGUGUUCUGGAUGUCUGGCUUCUUCUUCACGCAGGCCUUCCUGACGGGCAGCCAGCAGAACUACGCCCGCAAGCACACCAUCCCCAUCGACCUGCUCAGCUUCGACUACGAGGUCAUGGACGACAAGGAGUACAAGAAGCCGCCCGAGGACGGUGUGUACAUUCGGGGCUUGUAUCUGGACGGAGCACGCUGGGACCGCAAGAGGAAGCUGCUGGCAGAGUCAUACCCUAAAGUGCUGCAUGACACCAUGCCUGUGAUCUGGCUGAAGCCGAUCAGGAAGCAGGACAUCGAGGAGCGCAUGUGCUACCUGUCUCCCGUCUACAAGACCAGCGAGCGCCGCGGCACCCUCUCCACCACCGGACACUCCACCAACUACGUCAUCGCCAUGACGCUCAACACCAACGUGCCGGCCGAACACUGGGUGUGCCGCGGGGUGGCGCUGCUCUGCCAGCUCAACGCCUAGAAAUACACGCCUUUACACAACCUCACACACACACACACACACACACACAGACACACACACACACACACACACACACACACACACACACACACACACACACACACACACACACACAGAGAGAGCCGCUGAACGUCUAGAAGGCACCAGUAAAACCUCAUACUCACCACACACACACACACACACACACACACACACGAGUUGAAGGCACCAGUGGCACCUCAUACACACCACACACAGCUCAACGUCUACUGUAGAAGAUGCCAGUAAAACAUCAUUGACACUACUGUACACACACACACACACACACACACAGGGAAAUUGUAACAAGCCAGUAAACACCCUCACACCCACAAAGGCGUACACUACAUACGCACUGGCAAAUGGACAGAAUUUUUGUAUUAUUAUUGUAACUAUUAUUAUUAAAAUCCGCCUUAUUUAUGUCAA